AUGGGUCCGCUGGAGAUCGCUUCAAAGGCGGAGCGCCCUCUGCGGAGGGCUAAGGUCCUACAGUAUGUAAGUACGCUGUGCCUGACUCGGGCAGUGUCCACCGCACCGUACGACGCGCGAAAGUGCACAAACCUGGAGCAGUACUCUAAAGUUAAUAAUGUAGAAAUUACCGGUCUGCCAACUACAAAAGAAGAAUGUGUAAAGGAUCUGCUCAAGGACUUGGCCGCAACUUUCGGAGUGGAGGUGCAAGACAGCGACAUCUCCGCAGCGCACCGUGUGCCAUCCUUCAGGAGGGACCGAGACCCUGCCCUCAUUGUACAGUUCACCAACAAGACGAAGAAGGAAGAGUGGAUCAGCAAGUACCGAACGAAGAGGCCAGCGUUGACAGCUCAGCAGGUAAAUCGGCGGUUCCCGGCUCAGCGCGUCUAUAUAAACGAUCAUCUGUCACCCGAGAACAAACAACUCCUCUCCCAGCUUAAGAAAAAAUGCCGUGAGAUCGGCUACACCUUCGCCUGGUGCAGGGACGCCAAGUUCUUCGCCAGGAAAGAUGAGGGAGGACCUGUAAAAAGGAUCACCAGCUUCGAAAUUAUUGAAAAGCUAAAGUGA